AUGGGUGAUCAUAGUCAAAAAGAUAGCCCCGAAGAUUUUAUUAUAAAUCGUUUAUCGUAGGCUUUAGGUAUUUAAAAAGAAAAGAUAAAGAAAUCUUUGGAAACAUAACAAGAUGAUAAAGGUGAAGUUACCAAUAAAGAUGAGUUCCAAGGUUUUAUUCAAUAAGAUAACUCAACUAAUAUAUUAUGGGUUUCAGGUUAAUCUGAAAAAUGUACCUUCUAUUAUGGAUAGCUUCCUCCUAUAGAUAAAUUUAAGAAGAAAGGUAUUGCUGUAAUAAAGCUAGGUCUUCAUAAAUUAACUAAUGAAAACGUAGCCAAGGAUGUUGUUGUAGUAGAAAUUACCAAUAAUCUCUUAGAACAUUUGAAUAGUGUUUUUAAUGAAAUCAUGUCUCCUGUUAUGUAAAAUCCUCUUAACUAAUAAGGAUGGACUGAUUUAGUUGCAAAAGACUUGAUGGAAAAGUUUAAUAAUUACGUUGCUUAAGUUUAUGUUUUGCUUGGAUAAAUUAAGGGUAAAACAAUGUUACCUCUCCCCUCUCAUAAACUUACUUCCUCUGAUACUACUCCUGAUAAAGAUAAAGCUCACGUCUUUGAAGGAUCAAUUAUCACUUGGACAAAAUAAAUUAAAAAUGUAUUAAAGUUAGAACCUGAACAAUUGCUUAAGUAUGGUAAUGACCCUGGUCCAUUAGCUGAAAUUGAGUUCUGGCAAAAUAAAAGAGAUAACUUGAACCUAAUUGAUUCUCAGCUUAAAUCUGUUGAAGUAUAGAACAUUCUCCACUUCCUCGACAAUAAUAAAUCAACAUACACUACUCCUUUCACUAAGCUUUAAGCUGAAGUUAAAAAGGCUCGUUUAGAAGCAAAUGAAAAUUAUAGAUACUUGUUCACAUUAAAAGACUUGUUUUCUAAAUUGUAAGAAUCCCAACCAAGCGAUUUCCCUACCCUCUAUGAACUUUUUAUUCCAAUUAUGCAUACAAUUUUAUUAAUUUACAAUAAAUCAAAAACCUACAACUAGCCUCCUAGAUUGGUUGUUUUGAUUAGAGAAAUAUGUAAUGCAAUUAUUUCAAAUGCUUAAGCUUUUGUAGAUAAAGAUACUAUAUUCUCAUUGAUUGAUAGCAAGGAAACAACUGAAGCUUGUGAUAAAUUGCAAGUAACUCUUGACGUAUGCAGCAAAUUCAAAGACGCUUACUUUGAAUAUAAAGCUAAAGCUGGUGGAAACUGGAAACUUACUAGCAAUGCCCUUUUCGUUAGAUUAGAUAGUUUCUUAGAAAGAUGUUAAGAUAUCCUUCACUUGACUAACACUAUCGUUCAAUUCAAUAAACUUGAAAAGAUUGAAUUAGGUGGUACUAAAGGUAAAACACUUACAGAGUCUAUUGCCUAGAUUUUCAAGGAAUUUGAAGAAGCUGUUUAAGCCUUCACAUCAGUUAGCUAUGAUAUUAUGAAUAUUGCUGAAAAGAAAUUCGAUGAUGAUUUCUACGAGUUCCGUUCUAAAAUUAAGGAGCUUGAACGUCGUUUAGCAUCAGUUAUUACCUAAGGAUUUGAUGAUUAUGAUACAAUCUAUGGUCGUUUCAAGCUUUUGGAUAAUUUCGAAGGAUUACUUACUCGUCCUAUUAUCGCUGACGAGUUAGAAAAGAAGCAUAUCGUUCUCCUCGAAAUGUACAAGUAAGACCUUAAAUAAGUAUAGAGUAUCUUCUUAGAAGGUAAACAAUUUGUUGAUAGCAUGCAUGAAAAUGCCCCUCUUUUCUUAAAUAUGCCACCUAUUGCUGGUGCUUUGACUUGGUGUAAAUCUCUUCGUGAUAGAAUUUAGGAACCUAUUGAAAAACUUGCUUAACUUGGAUAAGGUAUUACUGAACGUGAAGAAUACAAAGAUGUUCAAAAACUCUACACUUCAAUCACAAAAUCUAUUAAGGAUUAUGAAGACUAAAAGAUUCUUUCUUGGGAAAAAGAAGUCGAAGAUUCUUCUCAAGAUAAACUUAAAUAAACUUUACUUUGCAAGGAUGAAAACGAUCUCAUUAAGGUUAACUUUGACCCUAGUUUAGUAAGAUUGUUGAAAGAAGUUAAAUAUUUCUUGUUACUUAGAUUAGAAGUUCCAACCACUGCAAAAGAUAUUUACACAAAAGCAGAAACUUAUAGAACUUAAAUUGUUGCUCUUGACAUGAUUGUUGAUAACUACAAUCAUAUUAAAACUUGCUUACUUCCGGUUGAAGAACCUUUGGUUAAAAAGAAAAUUUAAGAUAUGGAAGAGGAAGUCAAGCCUGGCAUUGAAGAAAUUCGCUGGAAAUCUACAAACAUUGAUUAAUUUAUUUCUAAAUCUAAGAGUAUUGUUGAUUAACUAUUUGAAACAGUCAACAAAAUGAAGGAUUCCUUACAAAAGAUUCACAAAAGCUUAGCUAACUUUAAUGUGAAAAUCAUUGAAAGAAAAAAUAGACCUAUGUCUCCAGAUGAUUAUGAUCAAUUCUUAAAAGCUAUUUUCUCAAAUAAACUUACUAUUGUAAAAGAUAAUGGUAACCAAAUCUAAAAGCUUGUUAAAGAAGUACUUGAUGCUGUGAAAGCUGACAAGAAGCAAAACUCUUGGAAAAAUUACAACGAUUACGUUAAUGUUAUCGUAAUUGAAGGUAUCAGUACUGCUAUUCAAACUGCUCUCCUACACUUAAAUGAAUAAAUUAACCCUGUUUUUAUUAAAAGAAACGAUAUCUCACCUCUAUUUGAUAUCCGUUUGGAACUUGGCUAGAGCGGUAUUCAAUUUGAUCCUGAAAUUGGUGAAUCUUCUAACUAAUUGACUGUUAGAAAUACCAUUAGAAAUUGGAUUAACGAUUUCUUCAAUAUUGCAGGUACUAUUUAACGUUUAGAUACCACUAUGCCUGGUGAUUUCUUAUAAGAAAUUCGUUCUUUCUUUGAAAUCAAAUAAUGCUUAGCCAUGAUCACCUAAAACUUAGAAUGGAUUGAAAAUGAAUGUAACCAAUUCCGUGCUCGUUUUGACACUUAUUCUUACCUUUGGACAGAAGACGAAUAAAUCUCAUUCAAUCGUUUCUUAGAUGAAAAUGAACCUAAAGACGAAGAUGGUAAGGGCGGAGAUGAUGAUGAAGGUGAAAACACUGAAAAAUAAAACCCUCUCUUAAAGGGAUGUCGUGCAAAGAUUCCUAAUUUAGAUUUGUUUGAUGAGAAAAUCACUCACUUAAAAGCUAUUCAAUAAGAAAUCUCUCGUAUUAAAACUCCCGAAGACAUUUCUUGGUUGAGAAUCAACUUACAACCUAUGAAGACUGCUUUAGAUGCAAGAGUUACUCGUUGGAUUCGUGUUUAUACUGACUUUUUAGUCAACUAAUUCCGUACUACCUAAAAGAACUUGUUAGAUUUUAUUGAAAAAACAAAAGAUGGCAUCAAAAAAAAUCCUGCUGACCAUGAAAAUUUACAUGAUAAGAAGUUAUUGAUGAGCGUCAUGAAGGUUAUCUCAGAUGUAAAGGAUGUUGAACCUCGUCGUGAAGGUAUCAUCACUCGUAUGAAAGAAAUGGUCACUAAAUUAAAGAAGCAUAAUGUACCUAUCACUGAAAAAGGUACUGAUGAUCCUUUAUAAUAAAUCGAUAAUGCCAAUAGUAACUUCAUUGAAAUUUAUGGACGUGUCUUCAAGGUUAAGGCUGAUAUUAUUCCCUUAUAAGCAGAAGAAACAUAAAAUAUUAAGCGUGAUUUAGAUAUCUUUAUGAAAGAAGUUGAAAGUUUCAGAAAGGAAUUCAUGUAAAAAUUACCUUUUGACUACACUGAAAGCAUGGGUUAUGAAAAUAUUAACAAUGCAUAUGACACUAUUAUGGUUUAUUAUCAUAAAUUAACUGCAAUUGAAGGACGUGCCCUUGAAUAUAAUAAUUUAGAAAAACUUUUCGAACUUUAAAAGAGUAACUAUAAACAAUUGAAGGACUGUAUGAAUGAUUUAAAAAAUCUCAAAACUAUGUGGGAUGCUAUUGCUCUUAUUCAUUUCUAAUACAAUGACUGGAAGACAAAACCAUGGCGUCAAAUUAAGGCUGAUAUCCUCUUAGAUACAAACAAAACACUUGGUACUCAAAUUAAGAACUUACCUAAAGAAAUCCGUAACUUCAAGGGAUAUAACGUUAUUGUUGAAAAGGUAAAGAAUAUGGGUACUGUAUUACCUCUUGUCUCAGCUCUCCAUUCUGAAUUUAUGGAAGAUCGUCACUGGAGUUAACUUAAGUAAAUUACCGGAACUGUAUUUGAUCACAACUCUCUUUCCUUCUACUUUGAAGAUAUUUUAGCUCUUAACCUCUACAAAUAUGAAAAUACAGUAAAUGAAAUAGUAGAUGUUGCCUAAAAGGAAGCUAAAAUAGAAAAGAAACUCAAAAAUAUUGAACAAUGGUGGAGCAAGUAAGUUUUCGAAUUUACUGAAUAUAAGGAAACUAAGACAUUUGCUUCUUUAGAUAACAUGAUGGAAGUAUUAGAUUAACACUCCUUAGAUUUGAUGGGUAUGAAAUCAUAAGGUAAGUAUGUUGAAUUCUUCUACGACAGAGUUGAAGACUGGCGUGAAAAGCUUGGCCGUGUUGAUGUUGUUGUCAAUGAAUGGCUUAAAGUAUAAAAGAAUUGGAAAAUUCUUUACAAUAUUUUCCUUCUUUCAGAAGAUAUUCGUAUGUAACUUCCUGAAGACACAAAGGUCUUUGAAGGUGUUGAUAAAGAAUUCAAGGAUAUGAUGUCUGAAGUCUCAGCCAAUCCUUCUGUUGUUGAAGCAUGCACUAUCGAACGUCGUGAUGUCUUAGUAGGAUGGUCUCAGGCUAUUAAGAAAUGUGAGAAAGCUCUUAAUGAUUAUCUUGAGCAAAAGAAGAAAUCUUUCCCUCGUUUCUAUUUCUUAUCAAAUCAAUCUCUUCUUACAAUUCUCUCUAAUGGUUAAAACGCUCCAAAAGUCUGUGAAUAUCUUGGUGAUUGCUUUGAUGGUCUUAAAACUUUGACUUUCGAACCUCCUGCCAAUCCCGCUGAAACUAGCAAGGUUGGUAUUGGUAUGAUUUCUAAGGAUGAUGAAAAGGUACCUUUCUCAUCUAAGUUUAUUUGUGAAGGUGCAGUAGAACACUGGCUCUUGAACUUAGAGUUUAGAAUGCGUGAAACUCUUUAAGAAAUAUUAGAAGGAGCUAAAAAUACUGCUGACUUAUGGGAUAGUGGUGAUAAGCCAAGAGAAGAGUGGGUUGAAGGCUACAAUGCUUAAAUUGCCUUAUUAACUACUACUAUUGUUUGGACUGAAGAUGUCGGUAGAGCUUUUGAAGACUUAGCUGGUGGUAGUGAAACAGCCAUGAAAGAAUGCUAAAAGCUUAUUGAAGUCCGUUUAGAAAAUUUAAUUAAAAAAGUCCGUGGUGACUUACAUAUCUUAGAAAGAUGGAAAAUUAUCAACAUUAUUACAAUUGAUGUCCACAGUCGUGAUGUUGUCGAAAAGUUUGUUAUCUAAAAAGUUUCUGAAGCUGAAUCUUUUGCAUGGUUAUCUUAACUCAAAUUUUACUGGGAAAAUAAACCUGAUUCAGAUAUGCAUCUCAGAUAAACUCUCAGAUUCCCUUGGGAAAAAGAUAAAAAUAAAAAUAAAUGUAUUAUUAGAAUCGUUGAUUGGUUCCGUUUCUACUCAUAUGAAUACAUAGGUAAUGCCAUUCGUUUGGUUAUUACUCCUUUAACAGAUAGAUGUUAUAUUACACUCACUUAAGCUCUUAAUUUAACAAUGGGUGGUGCUCCUGCUGGUCCUGCAGGUACUGGUAAAACUGAAACAACCAAGGAUUUGGGUAGAGCUAUUGGUAUUCCAGUCAUGGUAUUUAACUGUUCUGACCAAAUGAAUAAAGAUUCUAUGGCUCAAAUUUUCAUGGGUCUCUCCUAAUCUGGUGCUUGGGGUUGCUUUGAUGAAUUCAAUAGAAUUUCAAUUGAAGUCUUGUCUGUCGUUUCUACUCAAGUUAAAUGUGUCCUUGAUGCCUUGAAGGAAAAGAAAACUAAGUUCUCUUUUGUUGAAGAAGGUGAAAUUUAAUUAUAAGAUACUGUUGGUUUCUUCAUUACAAUGAAUCCUGGUUAUGCUGGUCGUACUGAAUUACCUGAAAACUUAAAAGCCUUAUUCAGAUCAUGUGCAAUGGUUGUUCCUGAUUUAGCUCUUAUUUGUGAAAAUAUGCUUAUGUCUGAAGGUUUUACUAUGGCCAGAGUUUUGUCACGUAAGUUCGUAUCUCUUUAUAUGCUCUCAAGAGAAUUGCUUUCCAAGCAAAAGCAUUAUGAUUGGGGUUUAAGAGCAGUUAAAUCUGUCUUGCGUUAAGCUGGUAAGCUAAAGAGAGGUGAUCCUGAUAUGCCAGAAGAUCCCUUGCUUAUGAGAGCAUUGCGUGAUUUCAAUAUGCCCAAAAUCGUUACUGAUGAUAAAGUCAUCUUCCGUAGAUUAAUUGGUGAUUUGUUCCCUAAAUUAGAUCCUCCUACUAAAUAAAAUCCUGAACUUAAGAAGAUAGUUUAAGAUACUACUAAGAAGGAUAUGGGUUUGGUUGCAGAAGAGCUUUUCGUAACCAAGGUUGUUUAAUUAGCUGAAAUUCUUGAAGUACGUCACUGUUGCUUCGUUAUUGGUCCUCCUGGAUCUGGUAAAACUUGUGUAUGGAAAACUUUAAUUAAAUCUUAUAUUAACAGUGGUGAAGAUGCUGAAUAUGAUACUCUUAACCCCAAAGCCGUCACUUCAGAUGAACUUUUUGGUGCUUACACAAAGACAAAAGAAUGGAAAAAUGGUGUUAUCGCAGUUAUUAUGAAAAACUAAGUAAAGAACGAAGAAAAAUAUAAAGCAACUCAUAUGCACAAAUGGUCAGUUUUAGAUGGUGAUAUUGAUCCUGAAUGGAUUGAAUCUCUUAAUACAGUUAUGGAUGAUAAUAAAGUACUUACCCUUGUCUCUAAUGAUCGUAUCUUCUUAACUCCCUAAAUGAGAUUGAUUUUUGAAAUAUCUAACUUGCGUAAUGCCACUCCUGCUACAGUAUCUCGUGCUGGUGUGCUCUUUAUUAAUGAAACUGAUAUUGGUUGGAUGCCCUACAUGAACAGUUGGUUAGAACGUUCUCAAAUUAAUAUAUUGAAAUAGCAAAAGGAAAUGGCUAACAUGCCUGAAUACCCUGUUAUUGAUGAUGUUGCUAAGAGUGUCUUCUACAGAUGCUUCUAGUCAUAUUUCGAAUAAAAUAUAGAUGUUCAUGAUAAGAAUAGAGUCCGUCACAUUUGCCCAAUGGUAGAUAUAGCUAUGAUCUAGACAAUCUGUACUAUAUUAGAUGCCCUUCUAAUUCAACACUUACCUAAAUUAAAGCAAAUGAAAGAAGAAGAUGAAAAGUAAGCUCUUGAAGCUUUCUUCAUUUUUGCUGGUUUAUGGGCUAUAGGUGGUCCAGUUGGUGGUGGUUAAGAUGACUCAAAAGAUAUGAAGGAAUUCAACACAGUUUGGAAAGGCGCUGCUAAGGUUAAAUUCCCUGAAUAAGGUCUCUGCUACGAUUACUAUUAUGACAUCAAUGAAAACAAAUGGAAUACCUGGAAAGUAGAAGAUUAUUUACCUAACGACUAACCUUUGUUCUCAAAAAUCUAUGUGGCUACAAUUCAUACCACUCGUCUAAGAUAUAUGAUUGACAUUCACUUACAAAGACGUAAACCAAUUCUUUUCAUUGGUUCAGCUGGUACAGGUAAAACUGCAGUUGUACGUGAUUACCUUAAUUCCACUAGACCUGAAUAGGUUUCACAUAAAACUAUCAAUUUCUCAUCAUUCACAGACUCCCUUGCUUUGUAAAAGAACAUUGAAUCUAUGGUUGAAAAGAAGAACGGUAGAAACUAUGGUUCAGCAACAAAUAAAGUUUUAAUUUGUUUCAUCGAUGAUUUCAACAUGCCAUAUGUCGAUAAGUAUGGUACUUAAUCUCCAAUUUAGUUACUUCGUUUAAUCCUUGAUUAUGGAUCUAUCUUCAAUCGUGAAUAGCUUGAAGAACGUAAGUUCCUUUAGGAUCUCCUAUUUUUCGGUUGCUUAAACCAAAAAUCUGGUUCUUUCACUGUUGAUUUACGUCUCUAACGUAAUUUCUCAGUUUUCAGUAUGUAUACUCCUUCAUCUGAUGUAAUCAAAACAAUUUUCGGCUCUAUCUUAAAUGCUCAUCUUUCUACUAUCGAUGAUAAGGCUUAAAAAAUGGCUUUCAAGCUGGUUGAAGCAACUUACUUUACAUUUGACAAGAUCCUCAAAAAUACAACUGCCUUUGCUCCUUCAGCUAAACGUUUCCACUAUCAAUUUAACUUCAGAGAAUUAGCUCGUGUUUGCGAAGGUAUUUGCCGUACUACUCCUGGCCAAUAUUCAGGUGGUGACUAAGGUAAGCUUGUCCGUUUAUGGGCUCAUGAAAUGAAACGUACUUUUGAAGAUCGUUUUAUUGCUAAUGAACACGUAGAAUUUUUCCGUAGAUAUCUUACUGAAGCUAUUUCUAAGUGCAUAGGUGAAUUCCCUGAAACAGAAAAUCCUAUUGCUGAACCUCUUAUUUUCACUGGAUUUGUAGCAGCUCACUAAGGUCUUGACUAGUAAUAUACUUAAUGCACUAUCCCUGUAUUAAAGAGAGUACUUGAUGAUAAGCUAGAAGAAUAUAAUGAAGUUAAAGCUCAAAUGAAUUUAGUACUUUUCUAAUAGGCUAUGGAACAUGUAAGCAGAAUUUGCCGUAUCCUUGAUAUGCCUGGUAACAAUGCUUUAUUAGUUGGUGUUGGUGGUUCUGGUAAAUAAUCACUCUGCCGUCUUUCAACUUUUAUCAACGGUUUUGAAAUCGACUAACUCGUUGUCACAGCAUCUUUCACCAUAAAUGAUCUUCGUAACAACUUACAAGAAAUAUAUAAGAAAAUAGCCAAACCCAACAGUAUUGCUCGUGUCUUUAUGAUCACUGAUUCCUAAAUUAAAGAAGAAUAAUUUUUGAUUCCCAUUAAUGAUAUGCUUAACUCAGGUUGGAUUUUCGAUCUCUUCCCUAAAGAAGAUAUGGACUCAUUAGUUAGUGGUGUCCGUAAUGAAGCCAAAGGUGAAGGUGUUGAUGUUAACAAUCUCACUGCCCUUACAAGCUAUUUCCUUGAUAAGAUUCGUAAAAAUCUAAAAGUCGUUCUCUGUUUCUCACCCGUAGGUGAUACUAUGCGUAUCCGUUCAAGAAAAUUCCCUGGUAUUAUCAAUAAUACCUCUAUUGAUUGGUUCCAUCCUUGGCCACAUGAGGCUCUUAUUGAUGUAGCUUUCCGUUUCUUAGAAGAAAUAGAAUUCCCUACUGAAGAAAUUCGUUAGUCCAUUUCUUUAAAUAUGGCUAAGGUCCACUCCUCAAUUGAUACAGCCAAUGAAAAGUUCUUAAAACUUGAACGUCGUUACAACUACACUACUCCCAAAUCUUUCUUAGAACUAAUUGAUUUCUAUAAGAAGCUUCUUACUGAAAAGCGUGAAACUAUCUAACGCCAAAUCUAACGUUAUGAAAUGGGUCUUAACAUUUUAGCAGAAACUUAAAAUAAGGUACAAGGUUUAUAAGAAGAACUUAAAGUAAAGAUGGUCGAAGUCAAUAAGCAAAGAGAAGAAACUGAUAUUUUGAUUGAAAAGGUAGGAAAAGAAAGUGCUCUUGCAGAAGAAGAAUAAACAAUUGCUAACGCUGAAGAAGAAAAAACCAACGUUGCUGCCGCUGAAGCUGAAAAGAUUUCUAAAGAAGCCACUGAGGCUCUAGCUGAAGCCCUUCCUGCUCUUCGUUCUGCUGAAGCUGCAGUCGAUUGCUUAAAGAAACCUCAUGUAACAGAAAUGAAAAAUCUUGGUUCUCCUCCUGCUGGUGUCAUCGUCACUGCACGUGUCGUACUUAUUCUUUUCAAUUAAGGUAUUACCUUAAAUGACCCUGAUGAGAAAGUUUGGAAGAAAGCUGUUACUUUUAUGAAUAAUCCUUAAGCUUUCAUUGAUAAGGUUAAAUCUUUUGAUGGUGAAAACAUUGAACCUAACAUUAUUGAACAAUCAAACAAAAUUAUUUAAGAUCCUAGCAAGAAAUUCAACGAAAAAGAUAUGGCUGGUCAAUCAUAUGCUGCCUCAAAGCUUUGCGCUUGGGCUGUAAACAUCGUUACCUUCAAUAAAAUUUUCAAAUAGGUUAAGCCUUUGUAAGAUGCUUAAAAGUAAGCUAAUGAAAUUUUAGAAGAAAAGAAAAAGGAACUUGCUAUUGUCAAGUAACGUGUUGCAGAAUUAAAUGCUCGUGUCAAUUCAUUAAAACGUCAAUUAGAAGAAGCUGAAGCUCGUAAAAUGAUUGUCGAAUAAGAUGCUGCUCGUUGUUAAUCUCGUCUCAGUGCUGCAGAAAACCUUGUUAAUGGUCUUGCUGGUGAAAAUAAGCGUUGGACUCAGAAUGUAAAAUUCUUAAAAGAGAAUAUAAAAUCUAUGAUUGGUGACUCACUCCUUGCCUCUGCAUUUGUUUCAUAUAUUGGUGCUUUCUCAGCCAAGCUUCGUCUUGAACUUUGGAAGAAUACUUGGUUACCUGAUAUCAUUGAAAAAGGUAUUCCAAUCACUGAAGGUAUUGAACCUUUGAAAAUUCUCACAACUGAAGCUAUUAAAUCUAAGUGGAAAAAUGAAGGUCUUCCUGCUGAUCCUAUGUCUCUUGAAAAUGCUGCCAUUAUUACUGCAUGUGCUCGUUGGCCACUUAUUAUCGAUCCUUAACUUCAAGGUUCAACUUGGAUUAGAGGUAAAUAAGGUGAAAAUCUUACUACAAUUUCUCUCAGCUAACCUAAAUGGCUAGGAGCUCUUACCAGUAGUAUAUCAUCAGGUCGUGCUGUCCUUAUUGAAGGUAUACAAUAAGAAAUAGAUGCCACCCUUGAUCCUUUGCUCUAGCGUGCUGUUAAGAAGAAUGGUAAUCAACUUCAAUUAGAAAUAGGUGGUGAUCCAAUUGACUAUGAUCCUAACUUCAAGCUCUUCCUUAUGACUAAGCUUAUUAAUCCUCAUUUCCGUCCAGAAAUUGCUGCAUAAUGUACAAUUAUAAACUUUAUCGUCACUGAAAGUGGUCUAGAAGAAUAAUUCAUUGCAAUGGUCGUCAAUAUCGAAAAGAAUGAACUUGAAAUGGCCAAGUAAGAUUUAGUUAAGAAAUAAAAUGAAUAUGCCGUCACUCUAGAUAAAUUAGAAUCUGACCUUUUAUAAUCACUUUCUGAAGCUGAUCCUGCUACAAUUUUAGAUAACACAGAACUCAUUUAGAAUCUUGAUAAGACCAAGAAAACAACUAUCGAAAUUACUGAAUAAUAACAAAAGGCUAAGGUAACAGAAGCAGAAAUUAAUAUCCAAAGAGAACAUUAUCGUGUUGUCGCUGCUGAAGGUUCUAUGCUCUAUUUCCUUGUUAUUUCUCUCAGUGUUAUGGAUCAUAUGUAUCAAUACUCAUUGGAAUCAUUCAUUACAUUCUUCUUCAAAGCUAUCAACCGUACAACUGUUCGUGAUGAAAAUCGUAUUCCCACAUUAAUCUUAAACAUCCGUUAAACAAUCUAUUAAUGGAUUUCUCGUGGUCUUUUCGAAAAGCACAAACUUAUUUUCCUUACUCUUAUUGUCUUCCGUCUUAUGUAAAAGAAAAUUAUUGAUGUUGCUUACGAAGUAGCUGAAAUGGACUUCCUGAUUAAAUGUCCCGCUCGUCCUGGAGUUGAAAAUACUCUUGAUUGGUUACCUAAUAUUUCUUGGGACUAAAUUCAAGGUUUGAUAAAUCUUGAAGAAUUCAGAAACUUUGCUCAUUAACUUGAAAAGGAAGCUCCUAAUCGUUUCAAGGAUUGGUAUAAUGAACUUCAACCUGAAGAUUAAAAACUUCCACUUGACUGGAAGCGUCUUGACAGUAUGCCAUUCAAGAAACUGUUAGUUCUCCGUUGCUUACGUCCUGAUCGUAUGACCAUUUCCUUAAAUAACUUUAUCCGUGCCGUACUACCUUAAGGUGAUGCAUUUGUUGAAAUGGAUCAAAAGCUUGCCUUCUCUGAAAUUCUUGAAUCAGUUAUUAAUGAAGAUUCUGAAUCUACUAUUCCUAUCUUCUUUAUCUUGUCUCCUGGUUCAGAUCCAGUCAAAGAAGUUGAAAAAAUUGCAAAGAAAAAGCGUAUUGAACCUGGUAAAAACUUCUUCAACAUUGCUUUGGGUCAAGGCCAAGAUGAAAUUGCUCGUCGUCGUAUUGAAGAAGGUAAUAAAGAAGGUCACUGGGUUAUGCUUUAAAACAUACAUCUUAUGCCUACUUGGCUCAUUGAACUUGAAAAGAUUCUUGAUUCUUACUCAGGUGAAGCAGGUGGUGGCAACUCUGAAUUCCGUCUUUUCCUUUCUGCUGAACCUUCAACUGGUAUUCCAAUUGGUAUCCUUGAUCGUUCAAUUAAGCUUACAAAUGAACCCCCUGCUGGACUUAAAGCUAACAUGAAGCGUGCAUGGACUUAUUUCUCUAAAGAAGAAAUUGAAGAUAAAGAUCCCAAGAUUAAAUCUAUUCUUUUCGCUCUUUGCUUCUUCCACUCAACUUUAAUCGAACGUCGUCGUUUUGGACCUAAGGGUUGGAAUAUGUCUUAUCCAUUCAAUAUGGGUGAUCUUCGUGACUCUUACCUUGUUAUGAAUAGAUAUAUGGAAUAAAACUAAGGUGGUAAAGUACCAUUUAAUGAUCUUAUAUACAUUUUUGGUGAAAUUAUGUAUGGUGGCCACAUUGUAGAUGAUUGGGAUAGACGUUUGUGCAACUCAUACUUGUUUAACACUAUGCACGAAUAGUUAUUCGAUGAGCUUGAACUCUUCCCUUACAUUGAAGGUAAAGGACUUUCAUUCAAGGUACCUGGCUAGAAUCCUUAUGAGAAAUAUAUUGAACACAUUGAGACUUCACUUAAAUAAGAAACUCCUCUUGCAUACGGUCUCCAUCCUAAUGCUGAAAUUGGUUUCCGUACAGACUAAUGUAAGACUCUCUUUAAUACUCUCCUUGAACUUAUGCCAAAGGAGUAAUCUCGUGAUGAAAAAUCUUCUGAUAUCAAAUCAUCUAAUGAAAUGGCUUCUGAUCUUAUAAAACAAUUACUUGAAGACAGUGAAUUAAAGAAUAAGAUUUUCAAUAUGGAAGAAAUCAAGAAUAAGAUUGAUGCUGAAAACAAGGGUCCUUACUAGAAUGUCUUCUUAUAAGAAAUUGAAUACAUGAACGCUCUUCUUUCAGAAAUAGUCAAGGAUCUUGAAGAAAUUGGUUAAGGUCUUUCUGGUCUUUUAACAGUUUCAGAAAACAUGGAAAUGAUUAUUGAAAGUAUUGCUUUGAGCAGAGUUCCUGCAUCAUGGUAGAAGCUUGCUUAUCCCUCUAAGAGAGGUCUCUAAUCAUGGCUUGCUAAUCUCUUCUAACGUAUUGAGCAAUUAAAUAUAUUCAGAGAUGAUCCCUACUCUAUUCCUAGGGUUGUUAUGAUUUCUCGUUUCUUCAAUCCCUAAUCUUUCCUCACUGCUAUUAUGUAAGUCAUCAGUAGAGCCAAGGCUUAUGAACUUAAUAAAUUAUAUAUACAAACUGAAAUCACUAAACGUUCAAUUGAAGAAAUUGAAGGAGCAGCAAAAGAAGGUGCUUACGUAUAUGGUUUUAUUUUAGAAGGCGCUCGUUGGGAUUACUAACUCGGUCAACUUGAAGAAAGUAAACCAAAGGAAAUGUUCAGUGUUCUUCCUGUCACUUAUUGCAAAGCCAUCCCUCUUCCACCAGAAGGAAAAGAAGAUAAGAGUUUGUACUAAUGUCCAGUAUAUAAGACAGAAGAUAGAGGUAAUACUUACGUAUUCACUGCUUAACUUAAAACAAGAUUCCCUCCUAGAAAGUGGAUUUUAGCUGGUGUCGCUAUCAUCAUGGAUGUUGAAGGUGUCUCUGAUGAAGUUAAGAAAGAUAAAAAGUGA